UUUUGUUUGUUGCAGUGCUUUGUGAAUGGCGACGCGGGGUGCAACUCGGGCGGAUCGUGCUGAAGCGCGGAUUGCAGAGCAGCCCUACGACGUCGACGCAUGGGGAGUGCUGCUCGCCGAAACCAAGAACAUGACAGGAGACCAAGUGCGAGAUGUAUUUGAGCGCUUCUUGAAGCUCUUUCCGACUUCCGGUCGCCAUUGGAAAAUGUACAUUGAAUUUGAGGUUCGCAUGGGCCAUCCGGACAAGGUCGAAGCAAUCUUCCAACGAUGCUUGCUCAAAGUUCCCGCAGUCGACCUAUGGAAGACAUAUGUUGGGUAUAUGCGAGACACGAAAAGGACACUUCCGGACUUCCGCGAGGUUAUGACUCAAGCAUACGAGUUUACUCUGGAACACGUUGGACUCGACCUGAACUCGACCUCCAUCUGGUUGGAGUACAUUGACUUUUUGAAAUCGCAAGACGCCGCUGGCAACCCACACGCCGAGGGCAUGAAGAUGGAUCGAAUUCGGCGCACAUACCAGAAGGCAGUCGUUAGCCCGAUUGCUCAAGUCGAAGACGCGUGGAAAGGGUACGAUGCCUACGAAAACGGUCUCAACCGCAUUACGGCCAAAAAGCUCUUGGCCGAACGAUCCGCUGCCUACAUGACAGCACGAUCUAGUUUCAAGGAGCGCAAGCUUAUUCUUGAUACCCUGCCAAAGAAUUGGAUGCCCGUCCCAGUCGAGGGCUCUGCACGAGAGAAUCAAGUCGCGUCGAUUUGGCGGCGGUUUAUCAACUAUGAAAAGAGCAAUCCUCUCAAAUUAGAGGACCCACUCGCCCUGGUCUCACGUGUGAUCUAUGCCUAUCGCCAAUGUCUCCUGUCGAUGCCGCAUCAUGUUCACUUUUGGAUUGAUGCUGUCGUGUACCUGGAAACGAACGAGCAAAUCGAACGUGCUGCUUUGUUGCUCAAAGCUGGUUCGGAACUGCUUCCUGAAAACCUGCUGCUGCAAUUAUUCUACGCAGACUUUGAGGAGCGACGAGGAAAUGCUGCGACUGUUAAAGAGAUUUUUGAUAAUCUCAUCAAGGCCAAGCAGCAGGAAAUCGAUCAAAAGGAGCAACGCGCGCCCGUUGUCAAACCUGCGGAAGCGACCGCAGCUGGGGACGCGACAGACACGGCCGGUCAGUCGGAAGGGAACGAUGACAACGCUAAUCGCGAGUUGAGCCUGGCCUACAUCCAUCAGAUGCGCUUUUUGCGCCGAACUGAGGGCCUCAAGGCGGCACGUCCCCUCUUCAUCACUGCUCGCAAGGAUCCUCGCACCACCCACCACCUGUACGUUGCUUCGGCGCACAUGGAGUAUCACCACGCCUCGACCGAUAUUGCCACCAAAAUCUUCCGAGCCGGCUUUGGCGCGGGAAAGCUCAAGGGAGAUGCCGGAUAUUCGCUCGCCUUCCUCGAUUUCCUCGCCAGCCUGAAUGAAGACAAUACGACUCGCGCAGCGUUUGAAGAGCUGGUUGCUCAGACUGACAAGUCGGGAGCGCGCGCACUACUCUCCAAGUUUUUGGCCUUUGAGAGCGAGAAUGGCAGCACGGCCGCGAUUCGAUCUAUCGACGAGCGCAUCCGCACAAUGUACGCUGCCGAUUUUGACAACAAGCCAGUCUCGAUUGCUGCAUUAACGGCGAUCGACCGAUUCAAGUUUCAAGACGCUUUUCCAUGCUCGGACGCCGUGCUAGCCAGCAUGGACUACGCCCGAGACCCGACUAGUGGGACAGCAGCUCGUGUGCCAGUCGGGGCUUCCAGUGUGGCUCCGCUGGCUAGCGAGCCUAAAUCCAGAUUUCCAAUGCCCGAUACGGCGGCCAUGACGCCAUUGAAAGUAGAUGCGACCGAAUUCUUGCAGCAGCACUCGUUUGGUCCUUCAGGUGGCGCUCCGGCAGAGUUCAGUAGUGGCCCUGCGUUUGGACGAGGCGCCAGCGACCCGCCAGCAGGUCCGAUGACAACCUACCGCUUCCCUGUCGCGCUUCUUCCUCCUGCAAUCGCCUCGCUCCUGCUUGCGCUCCCGCCACCGGACUCGUUUAGUGGACCUUUUGUCAACGAGGCAGAGAUCAUGCAGCUUCUUCCGGCCGUGGUACACGAUGGGCAUCACCCACAGCAGCAGCAGCAGCAGCAGCAGCAGCAGCAGCCCUUCCUGACCCAGCAACCCGGAGCGUUGCAGCACCGCGGCCCGCGACGCUCGCGCUUUGAGCCUAUUGCCCCCGAGCAAGAGAUGCGUCGAUCAACCUUGCUGCCACGACCUGCAGGGGCCAAGCGGCGCUUUGAAAACGACAGCGAUGAGGAACAGGGCUCGGGCGGCGAAAUGAGCACGGCAGAUAUGGAUUUGUAUCGGCAUCGACAGCAACGCCGAUUGACGCAAAAUUAAUGGGUGGCUUGCGCGUGGCAAAGCCGGAAUGCGUUGAGAACGUCCUGAAGACUGUUGUGGAGCUUUCUUUGCCCAGGUUCAGUGUGUGUGUGUGUGCUCAAGAAACUUUCAUAAACCAAACAACAUCAAAAUCAAC